GAUCGACUUCACGGAGGCAGCACUGCUGAGAAAGCAAGGUGCUGACGUUGCCGUGGAAGGUCCCCCGAUGAUUUGCCCAGAAUACGAGAGACGGUACAAGACUCCCAAGGAUGCAGUGGUGGGGUUUGCCACUGAGGUCUUCCUCAUGGUGCCUCCAAGUUCUCACGAAGGUGCUGCCAAGGCUCUUGCUGAAGAACUGCAGGAGCUCGGCGAACGGGGCCAGCGAGGCGUUGGGAAGACUUUUCAGGAUGUUUGGGCAAAGCUGCCCUGGCGAGUAAGCUCUGCAGAAGGGAAACGAUUGGAGACCGCUGCUGCAAGUGCCGCAGGGGUCGCGCCGGUCGCUGCUUAA